AGAGAGAGAGAGAGAGAGAGAGAGAGAGCAUCCUGGAGAGAGACAGAGAGAGAGAGAGAGAGCGAGAGAAAAGAGGGUGAUAAGACAACAUUCCUAACCUCCUGUCAGUGAGAGAGAGCAGCACAGAGGACAGCAGAGGAGCCUCCCAACCAAGCCAGAUCCUCCCCAGUCCCUCCUAGUCUUCUCUUUGUUCCACAUCCAGAAGAGGACCCGUGACACUGUGCUGGGCUACCUACUGCUCUUUACCCUGCUCUUCUGUGAACUCUACCCGUACAGCUCGUUACCGUGCUCUUCUGUGAACCCUACCCGUACUGCUCGUUACCGUGCUCUUCUGUUCAAUAACAACUCUACUGCUGCUUCGUCCUACACCAGCUGUUGACAGCCAGACCAACGCCGACUAGGCAGCUACUCCACUAGCCCCUCACUGCACUAGUCAGCUACUCCACUAGCCCCUCACUGCACUGGGCAGCUGCUCCACUAGCCCCUCACUGCACUAGUCAGCUACUCCACUAGCCCCUCACUGCACUGGGCAGCCACUCCACUAGCCCCUCACUGCACUGGGCAGCCACUCUACUUCCUCCUCACUGCACUGCACUUCCCUCAAGCAGUACACGCUGUCUGAGAAGAACACUGGACUGGUGGGCAGGGGAGUGGUGAUUGGAUACUACAAGUGAUGUCGGAGGUCAUAACAGAGAAAGAGAUGAAGAUACAGACCACUCCCACCAUGGACAUGGACGCCCUGACGUCCAUCCUGUCCAACGCGUCUUUAGAGAGUAGCUGUGCUCCUGUAGACAACACUGUGGAGAACAUGGUGUUUGGAGGUUACUACAUUCUGGUCUUUCUCCUGGCGCUCAAUGGUAACGCCUUGGCCCUCUGGAUAUUCUCCCGGCAGCGCGGCACAUCCUCUCCCGCUAACGUCUUCCUGUUGCAUCUGGCUGUGGCCGACCUCUCCUACGUCAUAAUCCUGCCGCUCCGCGCCACAUACCACCUCACGGGGGGCCACUGGCCGUUCGGCGAGGUUCCGUGUCGAGUCGCCGGCUUCCUGUUCUAUGUCAACAUGUACGCGAGUCUCUACUUCUUGGCGUGCGUAGCUGGGGACCGCUACCUGGCCGUGGUGCACGCCGUGAGGUCACUGAAGAUCCGGCGUGCCCGCUACGCCCACACCAUCAGUUUCUCCCUGUGGGCGCUGGUCACUGUCUCCAUGGCGCCCCUGCUGGUCACCCGCCAGACUGCGGAGGUGGACGGGAUGACGGUGUGUCUGCAGCUGUACAGGGAGAAAGCCUCUCGUAAUGCCCUCGUCUCUUUAGCCGUAGCCUUCACCCCUCCUUUCCUCUCCACGCUGUCCUGCUACCUGCUCAUCAUCCACAGCCUGAGGAAAGGAUCCCGAAUGGAGCCCCAGCUGAAGCUGCGAGCCCUGAGGACCAUCGGCCUGGUCAUGCUGAUCUAUGUGGUGUGCUUCCUGCCGUACCACGCCUCCAGAGCCACGUUCAUCCUGGGGUACGCCCACCCAGAUGUCUCCUGCCAGACCAGGCGGGGUCUGUCGCUGGCCAACCGCGUCACCUCCUCCCUCACCUGUCUGAACGGGGGCCUGGAUCCUCUGGUAUACCUGUUUGGGGCCGAGAAGUUCCGGGGAACGGUGAGGAGGCUGUUCUUGAGAGACAGGGCCGGGGGAUCAGGGGCCACCAGUGCAGGAGAGCUGAAGGGGACACACGAGAGCUCUGUCAGCAUCAAGUCUGAGUUCUGAGAAGCUUGGAGGUGGAAUCAUCUGAAAUUUGAACUUUAUCUGACAGACUUAUUUUUAAGCUAUUUUUUUAAUACAUUUUUCUACCUGUUUUCACUCAAGCCUCUGCCAUCUCAAUUCUUAUUUUUAUACUGCCGUUCCUGUUCAUACGGGACUGUAACUUUGUUCUAUACUGCCUCCUCCUGUCUAUAUGGGACUGUAUCUUUGUUCUAUACUGCCUCCUCCUGUCCACACGGGACUGUAACUUUGUUCUAUACUGCCUCCUCCUGUCCAUACGGGACUGUAACUUUGUUCUAUACUGCCUCCUCCUGUCCAUACGGGACUGUAACUUUGUUCUAUACUGCCUCCUCCUGUCUAUAUGGGACUGUAACUUUGUUCUAUUCUGCCUCCUGUCUAUACGGGACUGUAACUUUGUUCUAUACUGCCUCCUCCUGUCCACACGGGACUGUAACUUUGUUCUAUACUGCCUCCUCCUGUCUAUACGGGACUGUAACUUUGUUCUAUACUGCCUCCUCCUGUCCAUACGGGACUGUAACUUUGUUCUAUACUGCCUCCUCCUGUCUAUACGGGACUGUAACUUUGUUCUAUACUGCCUCCUCCUGUCUAUACGGGACUGUAACUUUGUUCUAUACUGCCUCUCCUGUCUAUACAGGACUGUAACUUUGUUCUAUACUGCCUCCUCCUGUCUAUACGGGACUGUAACUUUGUUCUAUACUGCCUCCUCCUGUCCAUACGGGACUGUAACUUUGACUUUGGGAAAUCAAUUUGUUUGUUUCAUCAUCGUCUCUCUUCAGUUGGAGCUGUUUUCAACCCUGCCAAAGUGCUGGUAAAGACCAAAUCAAUGCCAUCCCAGUUGUAAUUCUAGUUAUACACUAUUUUGCGUAAAACAUUAUUAUUAUUUUUUUUAAAUUAAAGGAGGGAAUGCAUGCCUUGUUAACUCUUUAAAAUCAUGCUUAGUAAUGGCUAAUAUGCUUUUGGGCAAGGUUAUUAUUACGAUAAUACAAUCUUAUUCUCACUAAUUAAAGUGUAUCUUCAAUGUUAAUUCAUGUUACAAUCAAAUGUAUUUACUGUAUAUUUCCUCAUGUAAUCUCCAUUUAACAUUUCUUUUGUCGUCCUAUUACCAAAAUAAAAAAAAUAAAAAAAUAAAUCUAGCCAUUCAUUUCAAAAUUUAUAUAUCGGAUAAAUCUCUUACCGACUUUCUAGCAAAAAGUUAUGUUUGACACUGAGGUUAGUCAUCAGUGUCUACAAAUGUAUGUGUUAGCCUGUGAAGACAACUGUUCUCACCUAAAAUAUCUCAUGGCCUUUGUGUUAUUUAUACAUUUCACUGUAUCUUCACUUUAGGACUGUAAAUUAAUAAAUUGUUACAUAUA